AUGAUCGCAGGUGAGAAUAAUAGUUCGCCAUCAGAAGAAUCUUUGCCGCCAUCUCAUGAGUCAGCGGCAUUUUCAAAUUGGAUGCUUGUAGCAAUGAUUGAAGGUGCUGCUCUAUUGCUAGUAGUAAUUGGUGGAGCAGUGGGGUAUCUUGUUUUUGACAUCGUCGGCUCAAUAGCCGAUUUAAAAAUUAUGCGUCGUAGAGUCGGGCGGACUUUCGAUCCGGGCCAGAAGCGCGCACAACGACACUUCGGAGUUCAGAUCGUACAUUUUUUUAGUGACGUUAAUAACUGGAAACGUGGCAUCCUGAAUAUGACGAUACGUUUAAUAAACGUAGAGGCAUGA